ACAGGUUUCUUGGUGUAAAACAGGGGAUAGAGUUUCGUGUUGAAAAUGUGAAUUUUGGUUAUGUUAUGAUUCCUAAAAUUAUAUUGCAUAUUUCAAAUGGAGCAGCAGAAAUUGCCAAUAAAGCCACCAGGAAAAAGCUGGCGUGAACUAAAUCAGGAGAAAAAAGCUCUAAAAAGGCAACGCAAUGAAGAAAAGAUAUUAAAACAAGAAAAACGAAAAAUACUAGAAAAGGAAUUAGAGGAAAAGAUCAAAGAAGAAGCCGAAGAAGAAAAAAAAUAUGCGGACAUUUCUACGAUUAGUAUUGCUGUGCCGGGUUCUAUACUGGAAAAUGCUCAAUCAGCAGAACUUCGAACAUAUCUGGCAGGCCAAAUAGCUCGAGCAGCCUGCAUUUUCUGCGUGGAUGAAGUUAUAGUUUUUGAUGAUGUUGGGGACAAAAUUGACACUAAAAAGUCAAAACAUGAAGACAGUGAUGGCAUUAAAGUGGCACGCAAAAGUUGUGUUCAGUUAGCAAGAAUAUUACAAUAUUUGGAAUGUCCACAAUAUCUUAGAAAACAUUUUUUUCCAAUACACAAAGACUUGGAAUUUGCAGGCCUGUUGAACCCGCUUGAUGCACCACAUCAUUUAAGAAUGUCAAAUAAUUUUCAGUUCAGGGAAGGUAUAACUAUGAACAAGAAGGUGAAGCCAGGUAGGGGUUCACAAGUUAAUGUAGGUUUAUUGCAAGAUGUAUCAACUGAUAAACUCCUCAACCCAGGAAUAAGAGUGACAGUGAAAAUGUUUCCUUCAGCUGAAAGCAGUAAAAAGUUAAAAGGAAAGAUUGUGAGUCUUGCUACACCACGAUCACAUACUGGUGUGUACUGGGGUUACACUGUUAGAGUCGCGAAUAAUCUUAGCCAGGUGUUUACACAAUGUCCAUACAAGGAUGGGUAUGAUGUCACCAUUGGCACAUCUGAUAAAGGCACACCAAUAGAUGAUAUGCCCCACAAAGGAACUACAUACAACCAUGCUCUCAUUGUGUUUGGAGGCCUGCAUGGUAUUGAAGCUGCUCUUGAAGGUGAUGAACAACUUCAAGUCAGUGAUGCUAGCCUACUAUUCAACCAUUAUGUCAAUGUGUUACCUAAUCAAGGAUCAAGAACAAUUCGCACUGAAGAAGCAAUACUUAUUGCUCUGACUAGUUUGCAGACUAAGUUGAAAGCCAAUAACGAGCCAAUAAGUUUUAAAAACACCGGGAUAGCAACCAGUUCAUCUUUUCCCACUCAAAAUCAAGAACAAGUCAAUAAAUCCACCAUAGAUGUUUUAGAUUUAAGUAGAUUUGAUUAAAACAUAAUUAUAUUUGUAUAAAAA